UUCUACAGGUUAGUAGUAGUGCUGAGAAAUAAGAGUUGAAGGUCUAGCUAAUUUUACUGUCCCCAGUUGAAGAAAGACUCGCCGGAUCUACUUGUAUACAAGCCUGAAAGAAAUCAGUGCAUUUGGGAAUUUUGGACCUCAGGUUCCGAGGUGUCUGAUUUAAGAGGAGAAGAUGAACUGGGGUUAUCUUCAAACAUUUUUGGGUGGCGUGAACAAGCAUUCGACUAGCAUUGGGAAAGUAUGGCUGUCUGUAAUUUUUAUAUUUCGAGUUAUGAUUCUGGUGGUAGCUGCAGAAAGUGUGUGGGGAGAUGAACAAUCGGGCUUUGUGUGCAACACUCAGCAGCCUGGUUGUAAAAAUGUAUGCUAUGACCAUUAUUUCCCUGUCUCCCACAUCAGGCUCUGGUGUUUGCAGCUGAUCUUUGUUUCUACCCCUGCCCUGCUGGUGGCCAUGCAUGUUGCCUACAGAAGGCAUGAGGAGAAGAGGUUGAUCCUGCAACAGGAUGGAGAGAUCGCCGAGAAAAACUUACAGCAAAUCAAGAUGCAGAAGAUGCGUAUUGAGGGGGCUUUGUGGUGGACUUACGUUACUAGCAUAUUCUUUAGACUGUUGUUUGAAGGUGCUUUUAUGUACGCAUUUUAUUACAUCUAUAAUGGGUUUCAAAUGACCCGCUUGGUAAAAUGUGAUGCAUGGCCUUGCCCCAACGUUGUAGAUUGUUUCAUUUCCAGGCCUACUGAGAAGACUGUGUUCACCAUUUUUAUGAUAGCAGCAUCUGUUAUUUGUAUUUUGCUAAAUGUGGCUGAAUUGUGUUUCUUGAUCAUAAAGGCGUGUCUCCGUCAUGGGAAACGGGAAAAAUACUCAAGCUAUCAGUCAAGCUUGAUCUGUAAAGACAAAGAGCAUCAGCAGAAUAAGAUUAACGAGUUUCUGGUUAAGCUGAACUGGACAAUUAAUUUAGUGUUUACUUUGUCUGAAGAUGGAAAUAGUUUUGUUUGAAAGCUGAAAUGUAAAAAUCAGUAUUUUAGAUUAUCAAAUAUGCAGAGCGAACAUAGUCAGUAUUGGUAGUUGCUUUGCUCUACCCUUCAUUUUGACGAGUAAGGUCCUAAAGAUUGUAUUUGAAAUGACGUAAGAAGGCGUGGAUGACUUGCUGUUCUUCAGUCCGAUCAAAAGAAGUUUGAGAGAAGUUUUCAUAUCUUUGAACAUGAAGGAAAAACUUGUGCACUUUAGCUGAUUCAUUAAUGCUGAUGAUCAGAUGGUAGUGGGAUAUGUGGCAGUAAUCCCUACUCUUGGCAUUUGUUGUGUCUUUGGGUCAUAACAGAUGACUAAGCUUGCAUUUUGUGGUAUGCAGCUAUUGAGCUGGUUCAUGGCUGUCAAAUGUUUCACUGUGCUGGUUAGUGUUAGACUAGUUUUUGUUUCCAUGGAAGUGUUCAUUUCUGUUAGGCUUUAGUUUGCUGUGAACUGACUUGCACAUUGUGAAAGCAAUCAUUUUUGAAUUGUAAAUGUUUGUAGACUUUUCAUAUAGACAACUCAAGUCCCUAUGUGCUUGAUCAUAUAGUUACAUUAAAUAUUUGCAUAUUCUGUGCAUUUAAUAGGUCAGGUUCCGCUUUCUGGGAACUGAAUAGUACAUUUUCUGUUUGUUGGCAUUGUGCCUCACAAACCUGUCAAUAAUAAAUGUAUUUUCACAUUUU